AUGGAUGCAAAGAGGAAGUUUUCACAAGAGAAAGAGUUAUGCUCGAACGAUGGCAAAAGGAAGAAGGUCGUGACACCAGAAAAUCAAGGAGCCGGUGGAAAUGGGACUCGUAUUUUUUCAGAAACUGAGGUUGAUGUAUUCAUAGAUGUACCAGUUGUGAGUUCUAACUUGGAAGAAAAGGUAUUUGAGAGAGAUCAUUCAACCGGAAGCGGCAGGGCCAGUAGCAGCAGAGGAGGUCGUGAAGGGCUAGCCAACGAUUUGAGCUUACAUGAAAAUGAAUUUGUUGAAGUUCAUGUAACAACAAGUGAAGAAGAAACUUUAACAAACAAAACAAGUGAAGAAGAAAUAAUGAAGGAUAAAGACAAAAGAAAAGCCAUCAUUGACCUUGAGGAGGAUACAUGGCCAAAAGAGGAAACGGUUUCAAACACAUUUGAGAAACAUGGAGAAGUAUCCAAAAACUGUGAGCAUUUUUGGAUAUGGAAGGAUGGUCUUGGUCAUUUUUGCUGGAAGUGUGACAUCAUUGGCAAGAAACAUCCGUUACCACCCGGCUAUGGAUCAAGCAACGUCAAUGGUAUAAAGUUGGAAGUUCCUGAAAAUGGGUUUUCAGGUACUGGUAUUUUCCCCCAUCCCAGGCGGAAAACUUGUAUGAAGCCUCAUCAAGUCAAGAUACUAAAUUUUCUAUGCAGCAACUUGGCUGUAGAAAACCCUAAUGGAUGUAUUCUAGCUCAAGCUCCUAUAUCUGAAAAGACCUUCUUGAUGAUCAAUCUCAUUCAUGGUUAUCUUGUCAAGCAUCCGAGUGCUAAGCCUCUACUUGUGCUUCCAAAAUCGAUGAUUAAUUUUUGGAAAAAGGAGUUUCAGGGAUUUGAAGUCAAUGACAUCAUGUUGCUGGACUUCUACUCGGCCAAAGCGAAUACGCGACCCCAGCAGUUAGAGGUUUUGAAGCAAUGGAUCACUAACCGGAGUAUCAUGUUCUUGGGCCACAAGCAAUUCUCCAACAUGGUGUCCGACAAGAAUGAUACACAAGCUUCUAAUGUUUGCAGAGACAUUCUCCUAAAUGAGUCUUCGCUUGUCAUCUUGGAUAGAGGAACUGAUCCGAGGAACGAGAUGAUGAGCUUUCUUAAGGUCUUUGCUCGUAUCAAAACGCCUCGUAAACUUUUACUCAGCGGGACAUUAUACCAAAGUCACGUCAAAGAGGUUUUCAACAUCAUUGAUCUUGUGUUCCCCGAGUUUCUGAAGCAAAGCCAACCUGGAUUUGUUACCAGAAGAUUAUUAAAUGUUGAUGCGGACGCUACUGGAGCUACAUUGGUUUCCUUGUUUGAUACGUUGGAGGAAGCUAUUCUGAGCCAAUAUACACAUCAUGGUGACAAGAUUGGUUGUUUAACGGAGUUAAGAAUGUUGACGAGCAAGAUUAUUUAUAAUCACAAAGGAGAGCAUCUUCUUGAAGACUCAUGCUUGGUGGACUUGACGGUUGUCCUCAAACUGACUUUGAACCAAAGGUCAGCAUGGGAGAUUGAAAGAAAUUCCAAAGGGAAGGGUUUUAAAACCUACUCUACCUUGAGUGGAAUCACACUUCACCCCAAGCUAUGUGUGUUCUCGGACCGACCCAAAGGUCUUCCUGCUCCAAGCGAGGAUGAGAUGGAUGAGCUUCUCAAAGACGUGGACGUGUUAGAUGGCGUGAAAACGAAGUUCUUGUUGGAUUUAGUGAAGCUAUGUGGUUACACAAAUGAGAAGAUACUUGUGGUGAGCCAGUAUGUCAUCCCAUUGAUGUUUCUCCAACGACUCAUGGCUAAGACCAAAGGCUGGAAAGAUGGCAAAGAGACAUUCAUGGUCCAAGGUAUGACAAGCCUCUCUGCUCGGGAAAACGCAUUUAAUCAAUUCAAUAACUCGCCGGAUGCGAAAGUGUUCUUUGCAUCCAUCAAAGCGUGUAGUGAGGAAAUAACUCUUGAGGGUGUAACAAGGGUUGUAAUGCUCGACAUUAUCGUGACCCCUUCUAUUGCUCAACAAGUCAUAGAGAUGGCAUAUCAUCCCGGCGAGGAGCAGCAAAAGAAAGUGUAUUCCUAUAGACUGGUGGCUGCUGAUACGUCUGAAGAAGAUCAAGAGAUGAACUCAGCUACGAAGGAGAUUGUUUCUGGAAUAUGGUUUGAUGGGAACUCAUAUCCACUCGAUGGAAAACUUCAGAUUCCAAUUAUUGACGCCAAGUUUAUCGAUGAUAACUUCCUUGAAGCUUCUUUUAUGAGCGAGGACAUCAAAACCAUUUACAAAAGGUUGGUUAUUAGUUUCAAUUUUUAA